AGUGCACAAAAAAACUAAAUGAAUGCAAGUUUCUGUUUGAAAUCUUUUCUGUGUUUCGAUUUAUAGAUUUUAUGUUUAACGAGUCAUGUAUAUUGUCAGAAAUACAAUUCCCAAUUGAAUGACAUGUGUCUCGAAAGCAAAUUAAUUUCUUGUCGUCGUUGAUCGUUGUCUGACACUACAUAGAAUAAAAUAAAUAUUGUUAAUUGUGUUUACUUCGGCAAAAUCGCGGGGAAUUGUUUUUUAAUUUGAAAAAUGUCUCUCGGUGGGUCUACGUUCCUUAAGAGUGCGACGAUGUUGGAACAGCUGCUCGAAGAAAUCAACUUCCAAAGAACUAAAGAGAUGCGACAACUACUGAAAGAUGAGAGCGGGUUUGUGGUGCUGCAGGGUACCACGUACUGGACGGAUCUGUUCGUGCGCCACUUCCUAUUCCAGGAGGAGCAGGGCAUAGACUGCGAUGACUUGUUGUUCUUUGUCAGGAAACGUCACGUUAAAGGCUCUUCUCGGUAUCUGCCCAAGUACGAGGUAAACGACUUUUGUACAGAACACCAUCAGCAGAGCACUGUUAUUUAAGUAUCAUAAUAUGAGAUGCGCAUAACAGGUACAUAAGAUGAGUAUCAAUUUAAUAUCAACUUUCAGUUCUCAUAAUUACCCUUUGCAGAUUAGACCUUUUUCGUUUACACCUUAAACAGUAGUCUUUUAUCGCUUGAAUAAGUCGAAUUUAUUUUUAUGAAAUCCGGUGAUUAAAAAUGCAUAUUCGUGCGGCUGCUGAUUUGUGCAUCUCCAAAUAUUUAAAAAAGAAAUCUCUGAAUUUGAAAGUUACCCUAAAUUUUGUGACUAAGAAAUUCUUUCGUUUGCUUCUCCAAAAUACUUCGACAAUUUAUUAAUUUUAGAGAAUGUUUACUAUUUAUACUUCUAGUUAGCACCAUUCGGAUGAGUGUAAAGAAAUUUUAUUUUGACAAAUCUUUGGGUAUAUACAAAAAGAUUGAUUUAACAAUGGUUAUGUAUUUUAUUUAAAGAAUAUAAAAAUAUUAUUUCUUAGAAUAGGCUGCUAUGACAACAACUAUGUACUAGGAUGUACUCGGUAGCGAUCACAUCUGCGGCACAUACACGCAUUACUUGCAUCUCUCCUCAUCCAACACAAACUAAUCACAGUACAUUUCGCUAAUAAAUAGUAGGUAUGUUCUUAGAAAUCGACUUUCAAUAACCACUUAUAAAAUAUACAAUUUACAAAAGCAAAAAUUCUAUCAACAACAGACGCAAUCGGUUGACCAUUUUUUUGUUAAAUAAAAAUCUUACAUUUCUAUUCAACAAUAAAAGCAUAGAGGUCACAAGAACGAAAAUCAGUUUGCAUCGAGCUCACUAUCAAGUUAUCACAUAUCACACGCGACACACGCUCACAGCGUCAUUCGCCUGCCGUCGACGGGUCUGUAAUAGGGACAAAAGCCGAGGCGGAUGUCUCGCAGCUCUAUUCACAUGUCGACUCUUGUUCACAGACGGAGGUAGAGGUAUUCCGCAAAGAUUCCAAGAAGUUGCCCAUUGGUGAUCCGGAGAUUGACUGGGAGGAAACCGUCUACCUGAACUUGAUCGUGCAUCAGUUCGACUACACGCUCACGUUGGCAAUCUGCACCCGGACUAGUCCCAAAGAGCUGCAGGUGCUGAAGCGGCAUUCCCAGAAGGUGUACGCGUCCCCGAGCCGACGUAAAAUGGACACGAAAGGCGAAGGCGAGGAGAUGACCUACCCCCACAUUUGCUUCAUGGUGGACAACUUUGACGAGGUGUUCUGUGACAUCGUGGUGCGGGACGGUGAGAUGGUGUGUGUGGAGCUAGUGGCACGGGGGCGGGGCGGUGCCGCGCAGGCGGUCAUAUUCCUCGGAUCUAUCCGAUACGACGCUCUGACCAGGGUCUACGAGUCCAGGGUAAGUAAGUAAAUAAUAGGUUGGGGAAAAGUUUCUUCGCAUUUUAUAUGAAAAUAUAAAACAUUUUUUAAUAAAGUUUAUGUACAUUUAACUAAAGUAUGGAGGUACCAUUUUGUUUGAUGACUUUUUGCCAUCUUGUAGUUAGGGACAUGAUCCCAUUGCUAUGGAAAUUUUGGGGCUUCUGAUCAAAAAACCGCGACAAAUGGUAUCGGGAGUCCUCGCGUGAUUUUAACCUGACACUGCCUAAAGAAUUUUGCAGAAACCGAAACAGGUGGAAAUCUGAAGGUGCAAGGUCAGGACUAUACGGCGGAUGCAUUAACACCUCGCAGUCAAACUCUCUUAAUUUUUGUUGAGUGGCAAAAGAUGUGAGAGGUCUAGCGUUAUCAUGAUGAAAAACCAACCCCUUAUAUUGGCCGCUAUUAUGGCCGCUUUCUCUCAACUUCUUGCUUUAAUCUCAUCAGUUGUUUGGCGGUAAUAGCUCAAAAUGUAUAAUGCUUUUCCAAUCCCACAAUACACAUAGCAUCACCUUGUUGCGAGUUAACCCGGGUUUUUCGCACGUACUUGCCAUACGUGAUCCACUUUUCGUCACCAGUAUUUUUCGGUAAGCUACUUUAAAAAUGGUUUCAUUACGCCGUAAUAAAGAAUCACAAAUGAAUUCACAGAUUCAUAAGGUUUGUUUCAGCGAGCUCGUGAGAUACCCAAAUAUGUAAUCAUUUGUAUACCCUGCUUUUUUCAAAUGUACCAAAACUGUUCCUGUGUAGUUAUUUCACUGUUCUUCACCUAUGUCGUAAUUCCCGAUAUGCUGAUCUUGUUCCACUUUUUCAAAAUGGCAAGCAUUUUAUUCGUAACAGGGCGACCAGAGCGACGUGCAUCUUUAACAUUAAAAUUUCCGAAUUGAAAACGCUGGUUUAAGCUGGUAUAAGCAGGUCCGUGCUACUCUCAAUUUGUGCUACUCUCUCAGAAACUGCACUAAGUCCUAUAAACGUCACAAUUUUUAUUCGCGGCUUACGUUGAAUUACACUUUUUUGUAAUAAAGUUAUAAAAUGUAUCGAAUUUCUUCAUUAGAUUCACUCAUUUUGACAU